GAACCGAUUGGUUGGAAACGUAAGAGGGCGUUUGACGCAGAAGGCUUAAACGUAAGCAUUAUCGUUCUGUAUUUGUUUUUAUCUUUGCAUUCAUAGAUACAUAUGUAUGGUUUAAACAUUAAACAUCGUUUAAACAUUGUUAUUAAUUUAUAUCUGGAUAGUCUGAGUGAGCAUUGAUUUUUCUUGUGCGUCCUAUCUCAACUUAAACUAGCUUGUUAGCUGCUAACAAAGAGACGCGGACGUUAUCAACACAUCGCUAAGUAGAGAUCAAAUGUGAGAGUAAAGUGUUGUGGUUGUGUGAAAAUGUGCGAAAGAACGAUGGCAAAGUUUGAGGAGGAACUUUGUCCAACAAAAGAGGAGAAGGAGCGACAUCAAGUUUUCAAGAAACAUCAAGUUGUGUUACACAGAACAGCUGCAGUCGACUUCCCUGAGACACUGCACGUCAAGACACCCGUGGACGUACACCUCCGACUAUCAGACGUGUGUGAAGAAAAUUUUCUUCUGAUGUAAAAAAAAAGUGGAGCUUUAGGAUGCAGCAGGAGGAACCACAGCCCUCUUCUUUUAAAGAGGACGAGGAGGACCCAUUGAACCCCCGCUUUAAAGACGAAGAAGAGGAACACGGCAUCAGUCAGCUUAAAUGUUUGGAGGAGUUCCCAGUGACUGGUGUCCCUGUGAAGAGUGAAGGUGAUGAGGUCAAAGGUGAAAGUGAGGAGAGGGGAGGGGGGGAGCCUCCAAGCAGCAGCUCAACACAACACAUGACAACAGAAGCUGAUGGAGACCACUGUGGAGGAUCACAAGCAGACAAGCUCUUAGCUCCACUAUCAGAUAGUGAGGACACAACCUCACACUCUCCUGACACUGAUGAUGAAGACUCUAAAGAUGAUAAGACAUGUCACACUGACAACACUCACUUCACAUGUUCUCACUGUGACAAAACCUUUAAAUACCAUAGUCAUCUGAAAAGACACAUGAUAACACACACUGGAGAAAAAACUUUUUCCUGCUCGGAAUGUGGUAAAUGUUUUUCACGAAAAAAUGGGUUAAACGAACACAUGCUAAUACACUCCGGAGAAAAACCUUUUUCCUGUUCAUUCUGUAGUAAAGGUUUUGCACAAAGUCACAAUUUGAAAGUGCACAUGAGAACGCACACUGGUGAAAAACCUUUUAUCUGUUCAAUCUGUGGUAAAGGUUUUGUACUUAGUCAAAAUUUGAAAGUACACAUGAGAAGACACACCGGAGAAAAACCUUUUUCUUGCUCAACUUGCGGUAAAGGUUUUACACACAGUCAAAAUUUGAAGGUACAUAUGAGAACACACACCGGAGAAAAACCUUUUCUAUGUUCAAUCUGUGGUAAAGAGUUUGUACAAAGUUCAUGUAUGGAAAAACACAGAAGAACACACACUGGAGAAAAAUAUUUUAAAUGUUUAAUCUGUAGUAAAGGUUUUGUUCAAAGUAACAAUUUGAAAAGGCACAUGAGAACUCACACUGGUGAAAAACCUUAUGUCUGCUCAAUUUGUGCUAAGGGUUUUAUAGAAAGUCGGUGUUUGAAAGUACACAUGAGAACGCACACCGGCAAAAAACCUUUUGUCUGUUCAAUCUGUGGUAAAGGUUUUGCACAAAGUUCAUGUAUGGAAAAACACAGAAAAAUACACACUGGAGAAAAACCUUUCAUCUGUUCAAUCUGUAGUAAAGGUUUUGUUCUAAGCAACACAUUGAAAGUGCACAUGAGAACGCACACUGGGGAAAAACCUUGUUCCUGUUCAAUCUGUGGUAAAAGUUUUACAGACAAUCAGUGUUUGAAAAGACACACUAGAACACACCGGUGAAAAAUCACAAUCCUGUUCAAUUUGCAACAGAAGCUUUUGUGACCAAUAAACCCUUGCAGCGCACAUGAGAACACACACGUGAGAAAGUGUUGAGUUGCAGUGUGUGUGGGGUGAAAGAUUGUCUUCUAAGUACCAGUGUAAGAAACACAAGUGUGCUGGUGAGAACAGCAGCAGCAAAUGAAACUGCAGGAUUUGAAAUAAACUGUCAAGACUUUAAUGUUGACUUUCUAACAACAUCAGCACAUAUAACAUGUGUGACAUUGUUGUUUGUGCAACAAUCUUCUACAUUUACAGAUUAGAUAUUUUAUGUUAGUGCUUUUUUCAGUCAAGUAUAUGCAUUAAUAUGCAACAUUGUGUAUUUUUUAUUUCGACAAACUAUUACAAGAAGAACAAUUGUACUAAAAAGGUCAGUAAAUCCAAAACAGUACAAAACAUAUGUUACGUUUAAUUAAAUCAUACAAGAUCAUUUACUUUUAAAAUGUGUGACUUUAUGAAUCAUUUGUUGGGUCUCCAUAAUACAUUCUAUUAUCUUUUUUUACUGUCCUUUGUAAUAUGAAUAUUGUGUUGAGAGGUGUUGUUCUAUCUGUAUGUCCCAAGACCUUUAUGCAAUAUAUAGAUGAGAAAAGAUGGCAGAAGGUUAUGAAGGUUGUUUUGUUUAUAUGCAUCUACAUUUGUUAAUAAUAAUAAAAAAUACUCAUGACAACUA